GCCUGUUUGGGCUCAGCACAGAAAGUGUGUGAGCUGGCUCUGACUGUAUUUGUAGUCACUGAGGAUGGAUUGUGAGGCGAGGAAUGGGAACACAGGCAGAGAAGUGCAGGCAGAUCUCAUGCUGAAUUCUGUAGAUAUGGCAGAUGAGCCAGUGAGAUCUGCUCAGGCCAGUAAGAAGAAGAAGAAAUCCGGCAAGUGGAGAGUACUUUCCCUGGUAAUCUGUGUGUGCAUACUAACAGCAAUCCUUGGAUGUAUAUUUGGACUUAAACCAAGCUGCUCUAGAGAAGUAAAUAGCUGCAAAAAUCGAUGCUUUGAGAGGAAAUUUGGGAGCUGCCGCUGUGAUACUUCCUGUGUUGAACUUGGAAACUGCUGUUUAGAUUAUGAAGAUGUAUGCAUACAGCCAGCUCACAUCUGGACAUGUGACAAGUUACGAUGUGGUGAGAAGAGACUCGCUCAUAGCCUGUGCUCCUGCUCCGAUGACUGCAAAGACAUUAAUGACUGCUGUGUCAAUUAUGAUUCUGUCUGCAGAGGAAACAAAAGCUGGGUAGAGGAAAGAUGUGAAGAUAUCCAAACACCAAUUUGCCCAGCUGGGUUCUCUCAGCCUCCAGUUAUCUUAUUCUCGUUGGAUGGGUUUAGAGCAGAGUAUUUAUAUAUGUGGGAAGGACUUCUUCCUGUGAUCAGCAAACUGAAACAAUAUGGGACAUACACUCGUGCUUUAAGGCCUGUGUAUCCAUCAAAAACAUUCCCCAACCAUUACAGUAUUGUCACAGGCCUCUACCCAGAGUCGCAUGGCCUUGUGGACAACAAAAUGUACGACCCUCACAGGAAUACGUUUUUCACCCUGAGAAAUGCUGAGAAAUUUCACCCUACAUGGUACCAAGGAGAACCUGUAUGGAUAACAGCAAUGAAUCAAGGAUUAAAGGCUGCAACUUUCUUCUGGCCAGGAUCAGAUGUUAAGAUUAAUGGAACCUAUCCAACUUACUAUAAAGAAUACAAUGGCUCAGUCCCUUUUGAAGAUAGAGUCAUGGCUGUCCUUAAUUGGCUACGUUUGCCUGCAGAUGUUAGACCACACUUUUACACUCUGUAUUUAGAAGAACCAGAUUCGUCAGGACACAGAUAUGGUCCAGUGAGCAGUGCAGUGGUAAAAGCCCUAAUGGCUGUAGAUCGUAUCAUUGGAAUGCUGAUGGAUGGACUUAAACAAAUGAAUCUAGACAAGUGUGUCAAUCUUCUGCUUCUGUCAGACCACGGCAUGGAGGAAUCGCGCUGUGAAAAUAUUGCUUAUCUGAAUACGUACAUAAACUCUUCAGAAGAUUAUGUUGUGAUAAUGGGACCAGCAGCACGCCUGAGACCAACUCGCGUGCCAGAUGAGUAUUUCUCUUUUGACUAUGCAGAUAUUGCCAAGAACCUUACAUGCAGAAAAGCUGAUCAGCAUUUCAAGCCAUUUCUGAAGCAUCAUUUGCCCAAACGUUUCCACUUUGCCAAGAAUGAUAGAAUUGAAUCUCUUCACUUUUACAGUGAUCCUAAAUGGCAAGUUGCACAGUCACAAGGUGAUUCAAAAUAUUGCAAUGGUGGUUUUCAUGGCUCGGAUAAUCUUUUCAAAAUGAUGCAGGCUCUCUUCAUUGGUUAUGGUCCCAUGUUCAAGUUUCAGACAGAAGUGGAGCCAUUUGACAACAUAGAAAUCUAUAAUUUGAUAUGUGACUUACUUGGAAUUGAACCUGCAGCCAAUAAUGGAACCCAUGGCAGCCUUAAUCAUUUGCUAAAGCAACCAGUUUAUGAGCCAACAUUUUCAAAAGAGCUGUCUGAACCUUUCCAGUGCUCUGUUAUCCAGGGUAUGGAUGUGAACAGCUUUGGCUGUUCAUGUGAUACAUUGGCUCUAAAAGAAGCUGGAUUUAAGAAACAGCUAACACUUACACCUCAGAAAGAAUCUAACACUAUAAAGCGCAAUCUGCCAUUUGGAAGACCAACAGUUUUGCAGAACACCAGCUAUUGCAUCUUAUACCAUGACAAGUAUGUGAGUGGGUACAGCUACAAUAUUAAGAUGCCUCUGUGGAGCUCAUAUACAAUUGGAAAACAUGAAUUUGUGUCUGCUUCCAUGGAAAAGGAUUCUUCCUGUUUAUUUGUGGAUGUUCGAAUUCCACCCAACCAAAGUCAAAAUUGUCAGUUUUACCAUGACCAUCCACCUCUGAAAGAGGGAUUUCUCUUUCCUCCAAGCCUCAAAAGAACUUCUGAAAAUGAGACUUAUACAGGACGUACCACCAGUAAUAUUGUUCCAAUGUAUCCUGCCUUCCAAGUGAUUUGGAAAUAUUUCCAUAACAUACUGUUAUUAAGGUAUGCUGAGGAGAAAAAUGGCGUCCAUUUGAUCAGUGGUCCCAUAUUCGACAAUGAUUUUGAUGGUCGAUUUGACACCCAGGAGCAAAUUAAACAAAUGUCUGAUUAUUCCAAUGUUUACAUUCCAACUCACUAUUUUGUUGUCCUGACGAGCUGCAAGAACCAAUCAGAAUCUCCUGUACAGUGUACUGGACCUCUUGAGGCUUUGUCCUUUAUUAUACCACACAGGGCAGAUAACAGUGAAAGCUGUGCUGAAUAUAAAGAUAAAGAAACAUUAUGGAUUGAAGAACUCCUACGAUUUCAUGUAGCCCGGAUGAGGGACAUUGAGCUGCUUACUGCACUUAGUUUCUAUCAAAAUUCUAAAUAUUCUGUUUCUGAAUUGUUGCAGCUCAAAACUUUUCUUCCUGAUUAUUUAUGAAUGUGUCAGAGAUUUUGUAUUUUGUAGUAUAGGACAGUAACUGCCUAUAUUUCCAACAUUUCAUAGUGCGUCUUUAUGAAGACAUUGCUAUAGGUCAUGUUAUCAAACGCGGGCCUCGGGGCACCUCAACAGGUUUUAAGUUUAUCCAUGCUUGGCCACAGGUGAUUUAAUUACAACCUCAGUCAAUUUGAUUUAACCAUCUGUGCUGAGCUAUGGAUAUACCUAAAACCUGGACCGUUGGGGUGCCUUGAGGACUGCGUUUGAGAACCUCUGCUGUAGGUUAUUGAUUUAUCACCUAUUUUGUUGCACUGUGUUACAUUAAAAGUACUUAAGCGAAAUUUAAUUUCCCUUUUAAGUCUUCACAAUUUGUAUGCAUCACAUGAGCAUACACAGAAAUCCUAGAAGCCACACGGUGCAAUCAUGUGAGCUGAUCCAUGAACAACUCGGCAUGUGUACUAAUUUCAUAAUGAGACUCCUAAACAAAGGAGUUAAUUGUGUUUACAUUUUUAAAUGUCUACUUAAAAAAUUUUUUUUAUAUUAAAUAGAAAUGUUCUUAUAUUGAUGAUAUGACUUUCCAAUAAAUUACAUACUCCCUA